AUAUCGGGAUCCCGUCUUCAAUACACGCAUUGAGGAAUAUAAAGCCGCGCCGAGCGCCGCGCGUGUAGCAGGCACGGCCUUCAACCCAGCCCGCGACGGUGUUUAAGAGGUGUACAUACAAGCCCCGUCCAACCCGGCGCUCAAUCCCCGAGCACACCAUGUCCCUCUGCGCCUUUGGCACCGUCCCGCCGGGGGCCUUGAGCACCCCGGCGCCGUUCAAGCUCAGCGUGCCGGCGGCACAGCAGGACAAGCUCACCAAGCUGGUCAGCGAGGCGGAAAUCGCGGUGCCGUCGUACUACAACACACACGCGGACACGACCAACACGUCGUCGUUCGGCCUCUCGCGCGACUGGCUGGUGGACGCGCAGGAGGCCUGGACCUCGGGCGAGUACAGCUGGCGCGCGGAGCAGCAGCGGCUGAACCGCUUCCCGCACUUCCGCAUCAACAUCACCACCACCACCACCGCCCCCAACGACGACGAAGACGACAAUGCGGAAGACGGAACCGAGAGCGAGACGUUCGACCUGCACUUCGCGGCGCUGUUCUCGCGCAGCGCGUCGGCGACGCCGGUGGUGCUGAUGCACGGGUGGCCCGGGUCGUGGAUCGAGUUCGGGGCGGUGCUGGACCUGCUCGCGGCGCGGUACACGGCCGAGACGCUGCCGUACCACGUGGUGGUGCCGUCGCUGCCCGACUACGGCCUGUCGACGCGGCGCGGCGAGCUGCGGCGGCCGCUGACCAUGGAGGGCGCAGCGGGUGCGAUCGACGGCCUCAUGGCCGCGCUCGGCUUCGGCGCCGGCUACGUCGCGCAGGGCGGCGAUGUCGGCGCCAUCGUGGGCCAGGUGCUGUGUGCCAAGUUCGAGGCCUGCAAGGCGCUUCAUCGUGAGUGUGUUCGCUUGCUUGUUCUGCUGACUCCUCCGUUCAUGAGCGCGAAUGCCACGGCUGCUGUUGCCGGCAUACCCGUCACGCCUGCUGAACAGGCGCAGUUGGCCAGGUCGGCGAUAUGGGGCUCAAAGGGCACGGCGUACGUCAGCGAGCACGGGACUCGGCCGUCCACCAUCGCACUGGCUCUCAGCACGAACCCGCUCGCGAUGCUGAGUUGGAUGGGCGAGAAGUUCAUCGAGUGGAGCGACAACCGCUUCCCCCUCUCGCUCAACACCAUCCUGUCCCUGACAUCCUUCUACUGGUUCACCAACUCGUUCGGGCGCGGCUUGUGGGCCUAUAGCUUCGAAACGAGCCGUAUUCCCGUCCCGUUCUCGUCAACCAAGCCGUUUGGGUAUUCGGCCUAUCCUCUCGAGGUUACGGCGUUCCCGAAGGCAUGGGCGGAACAUCUGUACCCGAACUUGGUGCUUUACAGGACCCACGAUAAGGUAAGUCAAGAGUCAUCAGGAUGCCGCGAAGAGACCCCGUGAUGCUAACAUGACCCUUUUAGGGCGGCCACUUUGCGGCGCUGGAACAGCCCGAGUUG